AGUGUCGCAUGUGGAUGUUUUUUUUUUUUUUAGCUCAACACACGUGCAUUUACCAGCUACGACUACUAGCCGUUCGUACCAGCCUGUGAUCGUGAGGCGUUGCAACAAAAAAUAUGGCUAAGACAGACUCGACAAGGCGUAGUAAAAGACUAAGCACUGUUGAAGGACAGACCUGUUUAAGCAAACAAAUAGUGGUAACAGAGGAGGAUGCUCCCAAGAAGGACCAAGAUGAACAAGAUUCUCAGAUGGACACUGUCGUUAAAGUAAAAGGAAGUGCGACCACAGUGGCUGUAUCCUGGGACAAGAAGAAUGAGGAUGGAGAAGUUGAGGAUGCAGAAAACAGGCCUAAUGCAAGUGAUCAGAUGACUGAUAGUGAAGAACCGAUCAUCUCUUCAGCUGAUGCAGUCGGCUCCACAGGGGACGCUCCCAGUGAGAGUGCAGAGACAAAGAUGGAGCAAGAGAUGCAGGAAUCUGGAGACUCUCAGAUGGACAUCGUGGCUGGAAGUACAGCCACAGUAACUGUAACCUGGGACAAGGAGAAUGAGGAGGGAAAGAGCAAAGCUGUUAAUAAGGAAGCCAAUGGAGGUCAACAGAAGACUGUUGAAAAAACAACAGUAAAAGGAAAGCGCAAGGCAUGUGCUGCUGUUGAGACCUCCCCAUCCAAGAAAACGAAGCGCAUCAAUGACGGUUUCUGUCUUUAUGUUGGCAACCUGAACAACUCCAAAACAUUUGACGAAAUCAAAACUUCCUUAGCAAAUUACUUGAUGAAACAAAGUCUCCUGGUUCAAGACAUCAGAUUAGACCGGUCGAGAAAACAUGCAUUUGUAGAUUUGGCCUCCGAGAUGGACUUAACCAAAGGCUUGACGUUAAACGGAGAAAUGCUGGAUGAGAAGCCAUUGAGGAUCGCCAAAGCAAAGGUCAAAAGUGAAGACAUGGUGAAGAUUAAAGCUCCAGCGGAGGACCAAAAGGCCAAAGAUAGCAGAUGUUUGUUUCUGAAAAACGUCCCAUACACCGCAACAAAAGAAGACAUUCUGAAAAGCUUCGGCAAGGCCAUCGCCGUUAGGUUUCCUGGUGGAACCGAAGGCCCAAAGAAAGGCAUUGCUUUUGUGGAGUUUCAAAAUAAAGCUAUUGCUAAGAAAGUACAGCAGCGAAAACAAGAAGUAAAGAUCCAAGGCCGGAUUUUGAUUGUGGACUGUGUCGGAGAAAGAAAUGUGCCUGAAGUCCCCAAAGCUAAAGACGACAAAAACAAGGCAGAAGCUGCAGCUCCUCCUCCAAAUGAGAGCUUAUUUGUGAGCAAUUUGCCUUUCAACGUGAAUGAAAAAAACCUCAAGAAAGUUUUUCAGAAAGCUGUUAAAAUCCAGGUACCAAAAAAGCAAGGCAAAUCAAUAGGGUUUGCGUUUGUGGAGUUUGCAGUGGUGGCAGAUGCUGAAAAGGCCUUGCAGUCAUCCCAAAACCUGAAAAUCUUAGAAAAGGAGAUCAGGGUGGAAUUCUCCAAAAAGCGAGCACAGUCGGAGAAGGCAAAAGUCCUAUCUAAAACCCUGAUCGUGAUGGGCCUUGCCGAGAAGACGACUGCAGAGACUCUGAAAGGGGCUUUUGAAGGGGCUUUCAGUGCAAGAGUUGCUGUAGAUAAAGAGACCGGAGUUUCAAAAAGGUUUGGUUUCGUGGACUUUGAGAGUGAAGACAACUGCAAAGCUGUCAAAAAAGCCAUGGAGGACUGUGAGAUCGAUGGCAGCAAAGUGACUGUGGCUUAUGCAAAAGCCAAGGGUGUAAAAGGUCCAAAACGCCCCGCCAAGCCCCCCCUGGCGCCCAGUGGACAGCCUGCAGGUCAGAAGGCCGGCAGAGGCCGGCGUAAAGCCAAAGGUAAAGGACGUGGAGCCGGCACGCCACAGGAUGCUGUUAAAGAAGUGGACAAGUUAUUAUAUAUAUAUAUAUAUAUAUAUAGACCGCUACGGGCCUCCACCACUCUGGCUUCGCCCUCUCACACGCUCCACCUCCCCGGCGGUGCGGCGACUCGGGCCGGUGGUGCGCCCGACCCCGAGGGACCGGGAUCCCACCUCAGCCGGCGCACGCCGGCUUUCACUUUCAUUGCACCACGGGUGCUUGACUUGCGAGCGCGUUAA